CAAGCAGCACGCUCAGAUCUUCUGUUCUCCUAGUGCAGGCAGAGCAUCCACAGUCCCACAGCAAGAGCAGGAGAGUACUAAGGAUGGGGCAGCUGUACUCUCUGCUGCUUAUCCCAGCUAUGUGCCCGCCUCUCAUUGACUCCUGUUUGUAAACUAAAGCAUCCGAUCGCAGUUGGUGGAUGACUAAAUCUCAGCAUCUAAAGGCUGGGACAACUUGUGCUAUAAUUCUCUGAUUUAUUGGAUCAUCAGGAGAUAGAAUCCUCAUCCAGAUUUGGUGGGAUGCGUCCAACCCAUUGCCUGUAGAUUCCUCCUCUAAAGAAAUCUUUAAGACUUUCUUGUGCCAAUAAUUCUAAGCACUUCUCUAACUCUCUCCAAAUCAGAGAAAUGCCCCGGCCAGGGAAGAGCUCGUACAGUGAGCAGAAGCCCCCCUACUCAUAUAUUUCCCUGACUGCCAUGGCCAUCCAGAGCUCCCAGGAGAAGAUGUUGCCCCUGAGUGACAUCUACAAAUUCAUCAUGGACAGGUUCCCCUACUACAGAGAGAACACCCAGAGGUGGCAGAACUCCCUUCGGCACAACCUGUCCUUCAAUGACUGCUUCAUCAAGAUCCCCAGGAGACCAGACCAGCCAGGUAAGGGCAGCUUCUGGGCCCUGCACCCGGACUGUGGGGAUAUGUUUGAGAAUGGCAGCUUCCUAAGAAGAAGAAAGAGAUUUAAGGUGGUCAGAGCGGAACAUUUGGCCUCCAAAAGUCACCAGAUGAUCCAUUAUUUCCACCACCCGCACAGCCAAACCAAGCUGGGGCUCCCUGCAUCAGAAGGCAGCCCCAUGCCCAACCUUGGAAGGCUGCCCCAUUUCCAGUCCUACAACAUCGGUAACAUCAGUGGGAGUCAGACCAGUGGAUUUAAACACCCCUUUGCCAUUGAAAACAUUAUAGGAAGAGACUAUAAGGGGGUGAUGACUGGUGGCCUGCCCUUAGCUUCCAUGAUGCACCACCUUGGGUACCCAGUGCCCAGCCAACUCAGCAAUAUGGUCAGCUCCAUGUGGCCCCAUGUUGGUAUGAUGGACUCCAUGGCCAGCAUGACUGUUCCCCAGGAAUAUGGACAUUUUGGGGUGCCCAUGAAACCUCUGUGUCAUGCUCCUAGCCAGACAAUUCCGGCUGUCCCGCUCCCCAUAAAACCAACGGCAUCUCUUCCGCAAGUCUCUGCUAUACCAAGCCUGGCAGUGAACCAAUCCAGCAUGUGCCAAUCUCCGCCAACAGUGGCAGGGACACUCCUGGAGCCUGCAGUCAGUCACCCAGAAAACAAGGGCAGUAUGCUCCACUCAGUACUUGUGCACUCCUAGUCAUCCCCAGCUAAGGCAACCAAACUGUUAUAAUCUGUUAGGAAAGGAACCAGGUACAUCCACUGGAUUAAUAUUUGCCACAGAUUGUCUGCUUUCUUGCACUGUGACAGAUACAAGGGUCUGCCAACUGUACCAAGCUGACAGUUAUUUUUGUGUUAUUUGCAUCUGCCAGUGUCUAGAUAAGUGUGGCAAGGGUAUAAAAUGUAUGUGUUCAUUAUAAUUUCUGCUGGUUACAGAAUUGUGUACAUACACUUUGUUUAUGUAUGCAUUUGUGUG